AUGAAUUAAUUGGAGGAGCUAUUAAAGAAACCAGAGUUUUAUGACAAUUUAACUUUAUGCUUUUUAACUGGAGUUAAAAAAUUGUGUGCUUAAUUCGAAAAUAGAAUAAAAAUAGAAACCAUACGAAGGAGAAAGGCCAAAAAUGGAAUUAGAAAAAUAAAAUACAAUAUGGAGAAUUCAAAGUAUUAAACUAAAUACUAAAGGGGAAGGUAAUAAUGA